GAGCGGCUGAUUGAGCGCGCAGGGGGAAUCUCCCAUAGGAUGAAGAACUCGCUUGGUAGCAGGGGGGAGAAACUACUCGGAGCCAAAUCUCAGCCUAGGAGCGAAAGAAUGAAGAAGCCUGGGAGUCCUACUUCAUCCCAAGACAAUAUAUCCUAUACGUCAGAUUUCAUGUAUUUUCAUGAAAGUGAUGCAGAAUUAACACCCAAAAACAGUGAGGAAGAGAAAGAAAGGGAGAAGAAGCACACCAGUUUUACUUUAUGCAAUGUAUGCAACAUUCAACUGAAUUCUGCUGCUCAGGCACAAAUCCAUUAUCAUGGGAAAUCACACCAGAAAAGAUUAAAACAGCUGAGUAAUGGAAACCUAAAAAACAGUUUUGUGAGAGCAAGGAAAAAAAGUUGGCACAGAACAAUGUGUACGAACUGUAAUAGUGAACACAUAACUGAGGGAUGCCGCAAAAGGUGUAAAUGCAUGCUUUCUUUUCAAAAUUAG